GACAACAGACGCUAACGUAAUACAAAUGAAAAAAUAAAUAGUAAGGUUUUAAACUAAAGCGUGGAAAAGGUAGCACAAGUGUACUUGAAAUUACUUANUGAAAUUAUUGUGAAAAAAUGUGUCAGAUAAUCUAGGAGUAUUAUUCAUACAAAAUGUCUUUAUAAUGUGUUUUUAUAAAGUGAACAUUAUUCAGUGCUCCAAGUGAAAAGAUACAAGACAUGGCGGAACCGAAAGACAAAGGAAUACACCUAGAUGAUAUACUACAAAGGUUUGGCCUGUUUGGGCGAUACCAAACCAAAAUGACUCUACUCGUUGGAUUCGCCUUUUUUACCAACGGCAUGCAUUGCAUAAACUACAUAUUUGUUGCCGAACAGACUCCUUACAGAUGCAAAAUUGACGCAUGUGAGUCUCAAACUCAGACGUUUGAAGCGCAAUGGUACAAUUUCACCGCACCUACAGACUACAGAAAUUGCUAUAGGUAUGGAAACACACAAAAUAAUUCAGAAUGCUCAGAGAAUGGCUUCGAUGCUGAGGUUAUUCAACCGUGCACUGAUUGGGUUUACAAAGACGAACAUAGUUUUGUAUCAGAGUUUGGACUAGCUUGUCAAGAAUGGAAACGAACUUUCGUCGGAACGAUCCACAGUGUAGGACUAAUGUUAGGCCUCUUUUUCCAAGGUCAACUAUCCGAUAAGAUCGGGAGAAAGGCUACCAUCAUAAUUGCAGGCUUAGCGGCCGCGUUAUUUGGCAUCGCUAAAAGCUUUGCAAAUGGCUAUUUAAUGUAUUUAUUUCUUGAACUAAUGGAAGCUACUUUUGGAGAUAAUUGUUCACCAGCAUUUAUAAUGAGCGUAGAGCUGGUACAUAACGAUCGAAGAUUAGAGCAACAAAUAUUCUUCAGCAUAAUAUUUGCAAUGGGAGGAGUAACUAUAGCAACAGCUGCCUACUUAUUACCUUACUGGAGAAACUUCGUGUUAGCAAUCUACUUGCCUUCACUAUUUUACUUGCUUUACUUUUUCGUAAUGGAUGAAAGCGUGAGAUGGUUACUAAGCAAAGGGAAGAAGAAGAAAGCGACUCAAAUAUUGCUUAAAAUGGCAAAAAAUAAUGGACUAGAUUUAAAUGGACAAGAUCUCAAUAAUAUUCAGUGUGAACAGAUUGAGACUAAGAGUUCUCCCCUGAGAGACACUUUUCGGUCUAAAAUUGUUGUGAAGAGAUUUUCCAUUUGCUUGAUAUGGUGGAUCACGUGUACAUUCGUCAGCUUUGGGAUGGUUGUGAAUGUGGUAUCUUUGGCUGGAGAUAAAUAUAUUAACUUGGGGUUGAUGUCUUUGUCUGAUAUACCUGCAAGUUUUGCUAUGGUCUACACUUUAAGGAGAUUCCAGAGAAAGAAGCCAUUGUUCACUUCAUUUAUGAGCGCUGGUGUGCUUUGUCUGAUCCAACCGUUUGUGCCUAAAAAAUACGUCUGGUUAUCGACUGGUCUGUAUUUCUUGGGUCGGUUUGUUACGACGUUCACGUUUGCAACCGUAUACAUGUACACAUCCGAGUUAUUUCCUACGUAUACCAGAAACUCGAUGCAUGCGCUCUGCUCCGCGAUAGGCAGAGUGGGCUCUAUACUGGCUCCGAUGACCCCAUUGUUGACUCAGUACAUGGAAAGCCUGCCUACCCUCCUCAUCGGAGGCAUAUCCAUCGUAGCCGGGCUAACCACUCUUCUCGUUCCUGACUUGGCCGACGAACCCUUACCCGACAACGUUCGACAAGCUGAGAACCUUGGCAACAACCAUCUACCACUGAACAGCGUAGAGAAUGAUAACACAAAAAUACGAAAUCCGGAAAGUGCUUAGAAGUGACAAAAUCAAUCAAAAGUUAUUAACGUAAUAAAACGUAAUGGAUUUUGUACUGUUGAAAAAUUUAAGCAAGGACAGAAAAAUGGGCGAAAG